UCUGUAUUGGUCAUGUUUUAAUUAAGCGAAGGUUUAUUUCGAAGAUUUUACCACAUUGGGGAGGAAACUGUCCCACAACUAAAACUAAGUUUGAAUUAACAGAGCACAACUAAGCUCAGUGGCUUUAUAGAAAGUACGUCUUUAAAAAGUUUUUGUACUUUCAAAGGAUGCAUUUAAGACAGAGAAUUCAACUGGGUUAAAGCUGAACGUUUUAUCUAUUGAUGAUGAAUGAUCAAUAAUUACCAAUUUCCGUUCAAAGUAUAUAUUUCCUAAUUUAACGCGUUUCAUAAGCGUCAUGAAUUUGCCUGAGCACAAAUUCAUGAUUAUCUAUAGUUUUACCACAAUUUAAAAGUACCUCUCUCUUGGCUCCGAUAAAGAAGAAUCAAUGCUGGAUCAACAAGUAGCACGUCUGGCAUAAAAUAAAAAUAUUAGUUUCCUCAACAGUGAUGUUUCCGUAUGUAAAAAAACGAGAAAAAAAGCAUAACUCGUUCCAUAUAGCAGUCUAAAAAGAGAAAAGCGACUGCGAUCCGAUGUUUGUAGUAUGACUACGCAUGAAAUAACAGAGAAUCCUCUAACAUAUGUUCUCAAUAUUCCUGACAGCUUCUAAACGCGCUCACUCCUCCUUGUUGUAAAAAAAUAACGCUUAUGGACAUUUAACACCAGGUUAAAAUUCAACAAUGCGGAAGGGUUAGCUGGUGGUGAGUUAGGCGACAGAAAACGGAUUUUGUUCUCUAUAUUACCAGGGCAAACCAUUAUUACUUUCGCAAUUCUGGUAACGAUGACAAGAAAUGCCAUAAAAGAAUAACGAUAAUACUGGCCCUCUUUGACAUGGCUGGUACCACUGGCGUGGGGCUGGAAUAGCGUGACAGAAAUAUAGGAUUACCAAAACGUGCACGUCCAAAAAUACUGUAAAGCGAUUUCAGCGAGGUUAAGAAGGGAUCAACCGUGUUAUGUUUGGCUGCGAACGGAAAAAAGAUUUGUAUUUUGUGGCCGGUGACGUAUCUUACAUACUUGGCGAAGUGGCGCGAUUAUGCGCGAACAGAGACGAGUCACCUGUAAUCCGCCCUCUCGAGGCAAGAAGCUAGCAACUGAAAUGGCUGAAAAUCACGUUAACCAACUUUUACCAGGAUAGUUUAGUUUUGUGUUAUGUCAUUCCGAUAAUCACGAGGAAGCAACGUGUUUGACUUAACCGAGGGUGUAGAAACAGUUUAGAGCAAUUUUUUCGAAGCAAUUUUAAGAAAUCUCUAACUUAAAUUUCAAUGAGGGGAAACGAUAAAAGAAAAAAAAAAGUGUAUACUACUGAUUUCUACAUAAUGGCAAAUGCGAAACCAUUGCGACGAUUGUUUAACUAUUCAAGAAAGUUACCACAAGAGCUAUAUGUAGCUUUGUUGCAUAAAUCGCUCACAAAUCGUGAAUAACAUACUCAAAUAGACUUUAUUAUAAACAGUUCAGCAAUGGAAAAUAUACGUUUUGCAAAAUAGUGGAAUGUUAUUUAAAUAUUCUUCUUAUAUCUAUAGUCACCAAUUAAACCUUUUUGAAAGUAGGCGGUUGAAAAUGAAAAGGCAAUGGGCUUAUUUCUAUUUUUUUCCGAAGUUGCGUCAAUGCUGGUUAAAAAGAUCUUCAGACUAGUCAGAAAAAUUACUGAAACUAGACAGCGGGCGUUGACGAGUCUAAACUAAAUUGAAUUAAAGAAAAACAGUUCACUAAAAGGAUAUUACAUUUACAGUCACUUUUCUUUGCGGAAAGGGAUUAACAAAAUGAAAGAUAGAAAGUAAGACUAUGCCCAGUAAAAUAUCACACACGUGAGCGAUAUACCUCCAUAUAUAAGAUAAUCACCCAAUUCAUUGUAUUAAUCAUUUAGUAAUACAAUAAAACUGAAGUAACCGAGGCAAUUUCCGUAUUUUUAUGAUAGAAGACCAACGGUGCUGCUUUAUGUUUUUUCUAAUUUUAGAAAGCUGCCAAAAUAUGUUUAAACGUGUUAAAUUUACUCAUAACCAUACAUCAUAUCCGUUUGAGUGGGAUUUUUUCUUCUCCUAUCAGUAUAAUAUAGAUCGUAAGGUUGUGUCAUGCAGUUUGUUACCAAAAGUUAUGAAAGAAGGGCGUGCAUAUUGUCGCAAUUUUAAAGGCACUUAGCUCACUGGUUUCCAGAAAAUAUCAUGAUCUAGGAUGAUCAUAGUUUUCUACUUUAAUUAACUACCCUUUGCUUCGUUGUAGGCGUACAAAAGCCUCUUCAAGGAGGUCUACAACACUGCAAUUUUAAGCCUAUCAAUCAUUGUCAGUUGCACGAAUUUCUUGAGCAAACGAUCGGCAUUACAAACAGAUUGAUAUGUGUACAUAGUGAUCUAACUGGUUUAGGUAAUGUAGUACGGAUGCUCUUUCCUUUAAGCGCGAUUUGCUUUACCCCACUGCUAGGAAAUGAACAACGCUCAAAUAGCAAAUGAAAUGAAGGGUUUCAGCAUGACUGUUUUGAUACUAAAGCUCGAACGGAUUACCUUUUAAUAUCGGUACACUUUUCAUAGUGUAUAUAUAAUUUUACAGAUUGACGCCCUUACAGGAAGUGUUUUGUGACUGAGUUACGGUAUAUACAGUCUCACAAAGCAAAGUAUUAGACGUCUUUGAAUGGCGGCCUAAUCACAGCCUAGAAAUUUUGGAAAAAAGUAAGGAGGAAGGGUUUGGUUAGAGCAAAGAGAAUCCUUUCAGUGUAAUUUUUGCUAUAUGCCAUGUUAUCAAUAGUUACACAGUUAGGAAAUCGUUAUAGGAUUUUGAGCUGUCUCCACGCCUAUUUAUCACUUUGUUUUCAAACGAAGAUGAAAAGAGAGAGCUGAAGUAGAGACAAGAAGCAACAUCCUCUCUCACCUUUGUCACCAAGGCUAGCUUUCAGUGGGACUUUCCUAAACCAUCUUUAAUAAAACCUCAAACUUACUUUAAAGAUCAUGGAGUCAGAUUUGAGUUCUUCUUCAUUUUCUAUUGAUAACAUACUGAAACCCGACAAAUGCGAUUCUACACAAGAACCUCGCUCUGCAGACCGAGCAUUAACGUUAGCAGAACGUCUGGCAGAUAUAAUACUUGAGGUACAUUAUGGUUCAUCCAGAGGGAAACAUCGGCGAACACGCACCGCCUUCACCCACCAACAACUACAGAUACUGGAAAACACUUUCUCAAAGACGCAUUAUCCGGAUGUAGUGAUGCGGGAGCAGUUAGCGGCCUACAUUAACAUUCCAGAAUCACGAAUUCAGGUAUGGUUCAAAAACCGACGAGCCAAGUACAGGAAACAGAUGAAAGACGGAGAGGAGCUAACAACGAGUGAAAUGGAAAAUAAAGCCCUGGAGAAUCAUUUCAACAGCCAUGAUGCGCCAUGGAACCCACAACAUUUUUACACAACCAACAGUCUGCCCUUCGGUCCGGGAAGUGCUGUUUCACCCCACAGCAACUUCGCACCAUACUCCUGGUCUGCCGUUCCUUUGUACGCUUCCAGCCCAUGUGGUUGCUUACCAUCGUAUUCAGAUAAUCAAAGGAGAUCCUCCUGGUCGUGCACGGCAUGUUACGAAAAUACAGAUGUAAAAGGCCACUUACAAUGAGCGUGAUUUGUUUGAAAUAAGUCAUAAACGUUAAAAUAAUGUAAGAGAGAUUCAAACUCAAUAGUUAAACGAUGUUCCUAAUAUCAUCACUAGAUUUCGUCAUUCCCAUCGUUUUUAUAUUUUCCUUUUUUUGGCUGAACAAAACUUGGAAAUUACAGAAAAUAGCUACGCUUAAAAGUCGUUUCAUUCGUGUAUUUUGUAACUGUAAUUGUUUGUCAACAGCCAAUUGUACAUAUGUCGAACUGUGACGUAAAAUGAAAGGUCUUCCUGCCAAGGAAAAUAAGGAUAUUUCGGGUGACGUGAACAUGUCAAAUAUAUAAACAGGUUAUGUAUAAUGAAGUAUUCCAUUUAUUUCUCUUAAGUCAGGGAUCAAGGUUACAUUUGGAUAAAAUGCUAUUACGUAGAAAAUAUCAUAAAAUUGAGUAACUAAGGAAAAAAUGUGUAUAAGUUAUAUAUGUUUACCAUAAUAACGUAGGUUUCCUAUUUUAAGUUAACAAUUGUGACAGCUGAUAUACGGAAAACUCAUCCUAGAAUAAAAAUAUAUCAUAAAAAUGUGA